AUGGCGCGUACAGCGCAGAAGCCGACCAUCUGCCCGGAGCCGGCGACGCCCGGGGCUGGGAUCGCAGCCGUGGCCGCUGCUGCAGUGGGAGAUGAGGGUGAGGUCCCGGAAGAGGACAAAGCUCUGAUCCACGUGCCAGCGAUGGCCCCAUGCACCAUGGCCUUCCGCGGGCAGCUGGGUCUCAGGAUGGCAGAGCUCAGGACUCUCGGGGUUGAUGUGGAGGGAGGGGUCCCCUCCGGGGAUGCACCGGCUCUGGCUGCUGGAGGCUGGCUGCAGGGACACGCGCAGCUCGCGAGGCAGAGGGCCUCAGCCUUGGAGGCAGCAGCUUCUCCCAGCGGCGGGACACGGGAUGAGAGCACGCCCAGCUGGGGGGACCGGGGGAGCCUGGCCAGGCCGUGCUGCGGGCCCGUGCAGCUGACUCCUCACUCCUCCCGAACCUUCUCUGCCUGCCUCUCUUCUCUUAAAACAACCGGCUAUUUGCGCCCUCACGGGCCCUGGCCGACAAGCCCAGGAGGCCCUGCUCACCUGUGUUCCCCACCAACCUUCCAGAAACAGGAAAGGCCCUCCGAGCCACCAGCCCACCUCACAGACAAGCCGUUCCCAGUCCCAGGUGGAGUCUCUGCCUCGACCCCACGUGCAGACGCCACACACGGUGGUGAUGUGAGCCAGUCUCCCAUUUGA